AUGACAGUUGCCGUUGUUGACUUUUCUUCAUCCCAGAGAUGUCACGUGGGAUUGUUUCCUAUCUCUGGGCUCCCCCUUUUUCAUCACAAUGGGGCUGUGAGGCCCAGCCUUAUUCUGGGCCUUAUUUUUGCUGGGCUAGGUGUGUCAAUUUUUAGGCCCAAACAAGUCCCUGAUGCAGAAAUUGUUGACGUAGAUGAGGUGGAUCAUCUGCCUGUUUCACCUUUGAGAGAAGAACGUCCUUCUGAGUCGGAAUGCCAGGGGACUAUAUCCGAAACAGCUGCGCCGGCGGAGACUGAAUGCCCCCUGGUUGUUGGGGAGGUGAGGCUUGAGGAGACGACCUGUGAGGAGGGCCCUCUUGAAGAUGUUACGGCCGAGAAUUCUACUGAAGUGGUUGUCGAGGCGUUGGCUCUUGAAUUAGGGUCGAUGGAUUUUGAAAGGGAGUCAUCAGUUCUUGACCCGAAGGAGGCCGAGAUGCCUGAAAUUGAAAAUGCGAUGCCUGAGCCGACAGUGGAUCCUAUAGAUCAUGCUGAAGCUAGUCAGUAUUCGGGUUCUCCACAUGCCGAAAAGCAUAAGGUUCCAACUAUGUCCAAGGAGAGAGCGAAAUUGGUCUUGGCAAAGUGGGUGACUCUCUCGACAGAGGAGAGGGUGGGAGAUGAACAGAAGAGCAAAGUCUGUGAUGCCUUAGAUGUUCUUAGCCCUUCCUACCCGGAUUUUGCAUCCUCUUUUGAGACUGCCAAGCUAGACUUGUUAACCUUGGCUGGCAAAUUUCAACACAGUGAUGCUGCUCCAUUUCCUGAUGAUGAAGUGCCAUUGGAGGCCAAACUGGUCCGAUCCAGAGAAGAAAUGAAAGUGCAGCAUGAGGAGUUGGAGAAAUGCGAGCUACUGUGGAAACAAACAGAUUGGAGACUGAGGACCUCAGAGGCUCACUUGCAGCAGGUACUACUGCAAAAGGAGGAGUUCCAAGAUGAGGCUGAUCAAAUGCUAACGGCCCUGACCACUGCCAAAGAGGACAUUGACAAGGCCGAGAUGGACGUUGGGCUGGAGAUAUGGUAG